GUAUUGAGGACACUAGCAUCACAUUUGGACCUGUUGAAGCUAGUGGCAGGCCAACACUCAAUCUAGAAAGACGUUUGGAUCAUGAUGGACAUCCUCUUGCCAUCACUGCAGCCGAUACAGUUGCAGCAAGUGGAGUUUCCCCUUGGAAUUGGAGAGAGACCCCAGGAAAUGGUGAGCAGUGUAACUCAUAUGAUGGGAGGGUUAUAACUGUCAAGUGGGGAGAUUACACAAAAAGAAUUGGUAUUGACGGCACUGCAGAUGCCAUCAAGGAAGCAAUCAAGUCGGCUUUUAGAUUGAGAACAAAGCGUGCAUUUUGGUUAGAAGAUGACGAUAAUAUAGUUCGGACUCUUGACCGGGACAUGCCUUUGGGAAAUUAUACUCGUCACCUUGAUGAAGGGUUGACGAUAAAAGUGUGCCUGUACGAGGAGUCAGAACACAUGCCAGUCCACACAGAAGACAAGACCUUCUACACUGAAGAUGAUUUCCAGGACUUUAUCUCGCGCCGGGGUUGGACAUUUCUCAGAGAGUAUACCGGGUACAGGAACAUUGAUAGCAUGGAUGAUCUUUGUCCUGGCGCAAUAUACCGUGGUGUAAGUUGAAGCCAGGAAAAGGAUGCUUGUUCAGCUUCUGACGUGAAACAUUUGGGAAGUAGACUUGAUGUAAUUUUAGAUUUUAGAUUUUAUUAUUAUUUUAUUUUUUUUUAGGAUUUGGGUGAAUUUUAUAAUUUAAAUAUGCUUUUA